AUGAAGGACUUCUCAGUAGCCAGUGGGCUGCUUCUCCUCUCAACCUUGGCCCCUGCCAGUCUGGCAGCCACAAUUGCUCUUCCGGCUGCUGGUGCUCCCAGUGUGUCCAUCGCCACCGUGACUUCGACCUAUCCCACCACCGUCACCAACGUAGUCACCAGCUCUUCAGCAGUGGUCACCACCGAUGUUGUCUGUGCCACUGGCACGGCUUCUCUCGGCUCCGGCACUUCAUGCUCCGAUUAUGCAUGGUCCUCCGCCGGUGUCUACUAUCGUGAGAUGUGUGACGGCUCCUCCAUCACUGGGGCAACCACCCGAGCUGUGAUGAACGUUUACAGUCGCCAGGCAAAUAUCAAUGGCUGUGAACUGUAUUGUCGCAUCUUCAACGGCUUGUGUAAUGCCGUCAAUUACAGCCCGGCGGCGAGCAGUUGUCAGUACCUGUGGGCCACCGGCAAUGCCGUGGUCUCUGCCUCGGGCUAUCAGGCGCUCAGUACUUACUCCACCAACCCAUGCACGGAGACGGUCACGGCCAUGGAGACUGAGUAUUUGACCGAGUAUGUGACCAGCCAGGCCACUACCGUUUAUACGGUGACGGUGACGGUCCCGACCAGCUCGGCGACAUCGACCGUCGUCUCGUCCACUCCUUCUCCGGUGUCCUCAACCGUUACCCCAACCGCUGUGGUGCCGUCGAGUGUGGCGUCGGCCUCAUCUGUGGUUCCUUCAUCGAUUGUCAUUCCUUCUUCGGCUCCUUCUUCGGCUCCUUCUUCAGCUCCUUCUUCAGCUCCUUCUUCAGCUCCUUCUUCAGCUCCUUCUUCAAUCCCCUCGUCGAUUCGCCCAUCGAUUCCCUCCUCCAUUCCCUCCUCCAUCCCAGCUUCCGCUCCUUCGCGAUCCCGCUCCACCCCCGUCGUGGCUCCCAGCCCUAGUACCGGCUCCUCUGCCCUCUCCUCUCCGCAACUCAGCUCGCCCACACCCCUGACGCGGUCAUCCUCCGCCCUCGUUCCGCAGCAGUCAUCCUCCGCUCCCUCGCAGCCCGCGCGGGUCUCUGCUUCAUCGGUGAUCCCAGUCCCCGUUCAGUCCCCUGGCAGUGCUCUCUCCUCCACUCCAGCCCUACGCCCCACUCAACCCUCGCUGAUCCCAUCGGCCGCGUCGACCUCAUCCGUGGCGGUGGUCGCUCCUCCCCACACCACCGAGCCCCCAACUCCUUCCGGGGAGGGUGACGAGGACCUGGUGACGUCGACGGUUCUGGCUACAGUCACAGUCACUGUUUUGUCUGACUGUGAUCAAGAAAGGGUCUACUGA